AUGACAGAUUCAUUUGACUGGCUCGACGGCGUUGAGGGAAACUUCCCUGUCCACAAGGCUGUAGCAAAUGUUAUGCCCAGGGGGACAAAGGUCAUCGCUUCCGAGUCGUCGGGAAUCUCAGCCUGGACAAAAACAGCAAAGGUCUCCGUGAUCCUACCGGACGGAAGCGCAACACGAUAUUUUCUGAAAUGCGCAACCGGCCAGGGUGCAGCAGCGCUGGCUCAAGGCGAAUUUCAUUCAGCAAACAACAUCAACUGCGUGGUUCCGGGUCUCGUCCCCAAAGCCAUCGGAUGUGGCGAGUACGACAAUGACGGGACGACAACCUAUUUCUUCCUAGGGGUCUUCCACGAUAUGGACUUUUCCACGCCGCCAGAGCCAGACGAGAUUAUUUCCCUGGUCUCGCAGCUCCACAGCCGGGGGACUUCGCCGAAUGGCAUGUUCGGGUACCCUGUGCCGACUGUGAGUGGCCGCAUGGAAAGGACUGUCGCCUGGACCAGCAGCUGGGCCGAGUCGUUCGCACUUCAGCUCAAAGACGUGAUCAAGUACGACAAUGACACCAACGGCCCUUGGAUAGAGUAUGACGCAGUGUGCAAGCAGCUGAUUGAUGCCGUGAUCCCGCGCCUCCUGGGGGCACUCCAGAGUGAGGGCAGAAACAUAAGGCCGGCGCUUAUACACGGCGACCUUUGGGAGAGGAACAUCGGGGUUGAUAUGGAGACGGGAAACAUGGUCAUAUUUGACCCAGGCUGCAUGUAUGCACAUAAUGAAAUGGAGUUUGGCACUUGGCGUUGCACGUGGUCGUACUACUUCAACUCGCCAACAUAUAUGCGCGCAUAUCAGCGUGAUGUUGAACCCUCCGAGCCAGUUGACGAGUGGGACGAUCGAAAUCGUCUAUACAGCAUCCACCCGUAUCUGAAUGAUUCCGCAGGCCACCCUGGAAGCCGCUCGCGGCAGAUAGCAUACAAUGACAUGUUGUAUCUGAUUGAGAAGUACGCGCCGUUAGAGGGUCUGGAGAAGUGCGACCCGCAGAAAGACAUCAGAUCACCGGCGCUUAUACAGAUUUCAAUAUCACCCAACUAG